UUCUAACUUGUUAGAAAAUUUUGUUUAGAGUUUCUUUUAUGUUGUCACCUUUUAAUUUUGCAUUUUAAUGUUGUGAAGCAUCUUGCUUUUAUAAAACAAACAAGAUUUUAUAUAGGUUAUUCAGAGAAGUUUGAAAAGCUUAAAAUUGUUUUCUGUUUAAAGAUGGAAAUGAUGGACUCCCCCCAUGAUCAAACAUUUUUACAUAUACUUCGUGAGGAAAAGAACAUCAGUAAUUUCUUGGAUGCCUUUUUUGGAUUUUUAUACAGGUGCACAGAUUUUUAUAUUGAAUCAAACUCAGAACAAAAAUUAGGCUUCCCACCUGGAAUAGCAGAGAAACUUUUAAUGAAUAGUAUGCACAAAUGGAAACACAAUGCCCCGGCUAUACAAAAGACAACUACAAGUGACAAGACGAUCAGCAACAAUAGCAAUGUAUCACAACCAAAUGAAUUAAGUUCGAUACAAAGUGAAGACUACAGACAUAUUCCACCAGUUGUGCAAGAAAUUGAGAUUGAUUCAUGUAGCAAGUUGGAUAACAUUAAUCCACUUUCCAUACAAUCAUUUGAGACAGAUCAUAUAUCAGAUAGUUACAAUGGAGCUGUAAGAGAGAAUUAUGUUUGGACCCAGACACUUAAUGAUUUGGAUGUACUGAUAAAAAUACCAGAGUACAUAAAAACAUCCAAAAACAUUAAAGUCAACAUAAGCUUAGAUGAAAUCAAAAUUGAUGUUAAGACCUUUAAUUCUCUAGAAGAUUCUAAAUGGGACAAUAUCUUCAGUGGCAAGCUUAGUUUUAAAAUUCGAAAAGAUGAAUCUAUAUGGAGUCUUGUAGCUGGAAAACACAUCAAUAUUCAUCUUGAAAAAGUAAUUGAAAGAUGGUGGGAAGCCUUAAUAGUAGAUGAACCAAAAAUUGAUUUAAGCAAAAUUGACUGUUCCAAACAUUUUGAUGAUAUGGCGUCGGAUGAACAAAUGAAAGUACAAGAAUUAAUGUGGAACCAUCAACAGAAACUCUUAGACAAACCAACGUCUGAACAAAUUAAAAUGGAGACUAUUUUGAAACAGGCAUGGAAUGCAAAAGGAUCACCUUUCUUCGGUACACCUUAUGAUCCUUCCGUUUUGAAAUACAACUAACAAACUUAACUUCUCAAAAAACUUGUAUUAACAUUUUAAAUAAUCAAAUUCUUCAAGAUUUGUAUCAUAUAUGUUG